UGAGGUUAGGUGUCAAAUUGAACAUUUGACAGUUGUGCAUAAACACAUUUAGCAACAGCGAAGCGAAGCUGUCACAUUUGUUUUUAUCGUAUUUAACCCAAGAACAACAUAUAUUCCGGUAUGACAUCAAAACCACUGAAACUAACGCUCGAUUUUAGCGGCGGAGCGGAGAAUUUGUUCGACAAUGUCAAAUCACGAAGUAUCGAACUGGAUGGUAGCAAAACAUGGAAAAUUCGCGACUUCUUAAUUUGGAUCAAAGACAACCUGUUGAGAGAACGGCCCGAACUCUUCAUACAAGAUGAUUCAGUGCGACCGGGAAUUUUAGUGCUGAUCAAUGAAACUGAUUGGGAACUCAUGGGUGAGCUCGACUAUGAAAUCCAAUCGAAUGACAACAUUUUGUUUAUAUCAACGUUGCAUGGAGGAUAGAUGACAACAUUUGAUACCGCAAUUUUUAAUGAUAAUAAAAACGAACGAUGCAAAUUAUUUAAAUAAAGUCAUAUUUUGUGAUUUCAUAUUUUUCGUACAAAA